CUUUCCUUUAUCUUUGGCGCUAAUAUUUUUCAAUAUACUACCAUGAUGACGCUCAAAUAAGGAAGACGAGAAGUAAAAGCCAUGGAAAAGAUUUGUGCAGCUCACGCCAUGCAAUGGAGCAUCGAGCUCGAGAACGGUCUCCGAUCCAAAAAACCUGGUGAAGUAAUUGAAUCGAUAUUACAAACUGGAACUCGACUUGAACAAUGGAGUAAAGAACCUAAUUAUCCAUUAUCAGUAUUACAGAUGUUUGGUUUAAUUCCUGGUGAAGAUAGAUUGUUUGCAAAUACGAUACUUCUACGGCUAGCCGAUGCAUUUAAAUCUGGUGAUAAACAGAUUAGAAUUUCUGUUUUGAAAGUUUUUUUGGUAGAGAUGAAGUUCAGGAGAAGUAAAGGGAAAAAUUAUGAUGGAAUAUUGAGGAAGAAUAGAGUUUUUAACUAUGCUGAACUUCUCAAAAGAGUAAAGCUAGUUUAUGAUACUGGAGAUGUGGAAUCAAGAGGGUUGGUUUUACGAUUAAUUGGUUGUUGGGCUGAUUUUGCCAAGGAUAGUGCUGAGAUUAGGUAUAUGGUCUUGUCCAGUUUGGGUUCUUGCCAUGUUUCCGAGGUGAAGGCAGCAUUAUUCGCCGCUGGUUGCUUUUCUGAGUUAUCAGAGGAUUUCGCAUGUAUUGUCUUGGAAAUGCUGAUUAACAUGAUAACUUCGUCAAAAACAACCUCAAAUAUAAAGCUAGCUGGAGCUCGCAGAUUAACUUGUAUGGGGACUUCAUUAUCACUUGCAAAGAGAGCUUACAAGGCAGGUAAAAAGCUGGUUUUGGAAUCUUUCCACCAGGAAUUUAUAGCAGAGAUGUUAGUAGCACUCUCAAAGCUUGCAUCCAAGUCGGUGCUCCUGAUCUCUGAACAGGUAGUCUUGCUCUUGCCAUUCCUGGUGCAACCAUCUGCAUCAUGUGUGCAAGCUGUCGCGUUAAGAUGUUUGAACUUUCUCUUGGAAGGAGGAGUCUGUCGUUUUCCUGUAAAUGCUGGUCUACUCAAAGCACUCUCGCAUAUAGUGGAUAGCAGUAACCAUUCAUUGGGUUUGCAAUGUGAAGCACAAAAGUUAUUGUGUAAGAGAGUGAGACAUUCUUGCAUGGAUAUAUCUGAAUUGGUAAACUUUCUACCAUCUGUUAAGGCAGCAGCUCAAUCUCCUAUCUUAUCCAAAAGAUUAUUGGCCCUCCGUCUUCUUGUAGAUAUAUCUUGUGACCAAAGAAUGGGAAUGGAAAUGACAUCAGAUGCAAAUGAUCUUACUCAUCUUCCAUCCCGGGUCCUUUUGUCGCUGCUAGAUCAGAUAGAGGGUCUGGUAAAGCCGGUACUAAAGAGUUGUCGCACUACGUCUGAAGUGGAGCAAGAAUGUCGAAGCUUGCUCUAUCUAAUAGUUAGUCUGGUUAAGGAACACCCAUCAUUUGGUGUUCUUGUUCUUGACAAAAUUAGAUUAAUCAUAGAACCGACGAUGGAUUUGUGCACAGAAAACUCGGAAACAGCAGUUGUGUUGUCUUCUUUUCGUGAUACUGUGAUGUUUGAUGUAGGAAGGCAUGUUCGUGUUGCAUCAAACCUUAUCUCCUGCGUAUAUAAAGUUGUGGAGUCUUGCGAAACACUUGAUGUAGCUAGUGCAAUUACUUCUCAACUGCACCAGUCAAUGAAGCUUCUGCUCAAUGUCAUACUCCAAAGCAGCUUAUUUACUCAGGAUAUCCACACCGUCCACUUAUUAUUCUUACACUCUCAUGUGAUGGGGACUUACUCAGUGAAUGAUGAUAAUGGAAUCUAUACCAUUGCAGAAGAGUUGAGUAUAGCUAAUACUGAUUACAGGUUUCAGCAUGAGAGAGUUGUUGUUGAGUAUAUGAAAAAAAUGAUAGCAGGAAAGGAUAAUUGGUCCGUCUACAGAUUUGCACAAUGGGCGGCAUGUCAGGGAUUGUGGUUGGUUGUUGCAAUUCUGUCUGGGCAAUUGAUAAAUAAGGUCCAAUCAGAGUCCAAUGUUAACUGGUUAAAAUCCCUGACUCUAUUUGCUCAAGCUGAAAGCACUGUCCUUCUGCUUAAUUUCCCAAAACAAGUAAGUGAGGUCAGGGUUGCACCUUGUACGAGUGCUUUACCCGCUUGGAAUGCUGGCUCUCAGAAUUACAUUGGAAGCCUUACAGAAGCUUGCAAUGGCAUACGCGCUGCAAGUGAAGUAUUGGGAUGUGCUACCACACUCGAUCAAACCUUUUAUUUCCAAAAGUGGUUUUUGGACUUAAGAGCUAAGUUUUUAGAAGCUGCUCUUGAUAUUCUGAGAUUUUUGGGUUCUGAUACAUGCAACAAUGCGAAUAUUUGCCGCAAAACAUCAGUCUCGUAUGUAGGUAGUUCUGAGGCUGAGGAAACUGCACCUGAUUUUCGUUUGUUGGUAUAUUUCUUGACACGAUUCUCAUUCCGAUUGAAUAGGUUGGUUCGGGAAUUUGAUCUUCUAGCUACGUCUUUCAUUGGUAUGGACACUGAAAGUUUCAGGACCGUUUCAAGGCUUGCUCUAAAUUGCUCAGUGCUGGCCUUUUGUACAGGUUUUAUUCUCUACCAUCCAAACCUAUAUGAGAAAUCUAUGGUCCGUGAUUUGGAGAAUUUGAUGAAGUGUUCGCAUUCAACGCUGCUAAAAGAUGCAAUCAAGAGGUUACAACAUGUAGAUGAGGAAACAAGUACAAAGUUAAAGGUGCUGUUGACUUCUAUUGAAGAGCCAAAGAGCUGCUUCCACUUGCAUCAAAAAACGUUUCUAUAUGGAUCUGGAUUCAGAGAACGAGAAAUUUUGGUUGUUUCAAGGAAUGCUGUAAAGGAAGUACUGCAUCUUCAAGAAGAGGCAAGUAAAAUGAACUGUAAGGGCAUUCUAGGCCAAGUGUCGAAAGCAGGGGUGCAACUACUGAGGGGCAUACUUAUUAAGUGGAUGCAAAUAUCACUUCAGACUCCAAAAUGCUUUUUUCAAGUAAGGCCUUGCCCUGGAGCAGAAUUGUUCACCUGUAGUGCUGAUAACAGAAAAUCUGAUGAGAUAUCUGUUUUGCCUGGCUCCCAUCUGUCUCUAAAUCUCUGUCUCCAAAUGAAAAAUGUACCUGAGGUUCUGUCUGCGAACUUUUAUUGCGUUCUAGCUUGUAAACCAUCCUACUGCACGCCAGCGUCUGAUGGACAAACGGAGGAGGAGCAGAGGCGAUCUGGUUUUCCUGUUUCAGAAAGUGAUGAUUCCUUGGAUCUGAAUGAAACGCUGAUGCUCUAUGUUAUGAAUAGUACUGACGAAAUGGGUACUAGAAAGCGUGGUAGAAUUUGUGGUGAUGGCUGUGGGUUUGUGUUGUGUUUUGUGUCUUUUGAUGAACUCAAUCAGAGAGGGCAGGGAUUUUCAAAUUGUUUAUUAGAUGUUACUGCAUUUCCAGAGGGUUCUUACAUGAUCAAAUGGCAUAGUUGUUGCAUUGACAGUCAAGGUUCUUAUUGGAGUUUACUCCCUCUCAAUGCUGGUCCUCGAUUUUCAGUCAAGAAGCCUCCUGUUGCCGGUGAUUCAUAUUAAGAGAGGAGGCUGGGACAAGGUUGAACUUUGAGCGGUGUACUUUGGCCAUGGUUACUUAUGCCUGAACCUUCAGUCAUGUCUAUUACUAGUCCAGAUGAUUCAUCGUUGAAGUCGAAUGCAUGGAAAAGGCGAGCCAGCAC